AUGGCUGCGCACGAGGAUGUCCAGAAGUCUUCUUCCAUGCCAUCGACCCCCCAGCCACUCCUAUUUUUCGACGCAGACGGCCAGCCCAACCAGCCCGCCAGUGAUGACAUCUGGCACAAUGCAAAGCGUCGUCGUACGCAUAGAACCGGCAGCGAGACGCAGUUUAUCCACAUGAAUGGGUACAAAAGCGACAGCCAGGUUGGCACCAGAUUCAACAACACCUACGUUGACUCAUAUACGGACUCCAAAACCUUUGAUAGCGUCCAAACCCAGUCGGCCGACGCUACCUCCACGCCUGAGUCUACUCCAGUCGUCGAGGUCCCUCCCCAAAAUGUCAGUGAAGAGCGAUCAGAGCGUUCAGAACGGUCAGAGCCAGUGUCAGUCAAAGCAACUCGCAGCAACCGCAAGCCUGCUGAGCGCUCUACUGAAACCUCGUCCAGGGUGUUAAAAGUCAAGUCGGGCUCGGGCUCGUCUCAGCAGACAAACAUUCAGACCUUCAUCUUCAAGACUAAGCUGGAUCCUCGUCUUGCUCACCAAGGCCGCUCAGACGAGCCAGCGACUCCAUCUUCCAUCAACGACACCACAGAGCUCCAGGCUGAGAAUGUGUCGUCGGUCGAACCCGCAAAGCCCACCCGCAGGACUCGCAAGUCCGAUACAACCAUGCUCAAAUUCAAGAGCUAUACUCCAAAUACUACGCCUGUGGGCCGAACUUCCACUCGCAAGCCCUCACGGCAGGAGUACCAGCCAGUAGACACUGAAGCCGCAACACCUACUUCAAAAUCACCUACAAUGACUAUCGAUGACUAUUAUCCUUCUUUUACAAACACCUUUGAUCAAGAGAAAGAGAAGAGCCCUUCAAAGAUGAGUCAGUUUGAAACGCCGUACAAAGAGGAAGAACCUGCAGAAGGCUCUGGAGAGCCCAGCUCGACACAACGCCGUAGCACGAGAGCCCGCAAACCCGUCAGCACAUUGAACGACGAAGCUCGUAAGAAUAUGCGUUCUUUGAAACGGACCGCAUCGGCAAAGACGACCAAAGAGGGAAAACCCAUCCUCAAGCCUCUUGACGUUGAAAUGGCCGAUGCAUAUUCUUGCAAUGCCAAUUCCUUGACCAAUUCCCAAAACGCCACUGCUCCAUCCACUCCAGUCUCAGAAAUUGAUCUCCCGCAUGGUAUAACCAGAGACGACGGUUCCUUUGAAGGCUUUGGCACACCUUCGCCAGAGAGUUUAUCAGCUGCAACACGCACCUCUGGACGGUUGCGCAAACCAACUAUCAAGGCUAUUGAGGCUUUGCAGUCAAAGCCUAGGACUCGCAAGCGGAUGCGAGACUCGGAUCAAGGCCUUCUGGCUGAGCCCCAUACCAACGACAAAUCAACACCAGAACCUGGGAACAAUGCAGAUUUAUCGGCAGUCUCAAUGUCCCGGAGUACCAGCGGUGCUGUCAGUGAGGUUGUUUCGGUUAUUGUUGAAGACCCCGAUAUGAUAGGCCGUCAGCUGUAUGAAUUGGCAGCAGCGGCAUUCGCCGACACCACCACUGCCGAGGAAGACCAUGCUGGGGUCUUGAAGCUGCGCGAAGCCUUCAACCAGAACAAGGCUCAGCAGGCGCUGAUAGCCAUUAGCGAAGUUCCUGCUACCGAGGAGCCCGUGUUUGAUAUCCACAGAAUUGACCACCUGGGCGAAAUAGACCCUGAUGUGCCCCUCGACCACUCCAAGACUCCUCGUCCGUGGGUUGAGAGCGACGGCUGGACGCACACCGGGCGUGUAAACGAGUUUGGAGAAGAGUAUUGCACCGCCCCAGCGAGCAGAUACCAGUGGGUCAAACACUCGUCAAAUUAUCGCACCCCGGUCGGACCUGUCCCAACACCGCCGCCUUUUAUCAAGUCCGUGGAAGAACUUCGGCGGGAUAAUAUCUUUGGAUUCCCACCCAGUCCGGGCCAGCGCAAUCUCUCUCAGGAACACCCGGGCCAAGUAUGGCAACAUGAAGAUGUAGACGACUUUUUGGAACGCCAGGUCUCUUUUCAAGCCGCCGAUGAGGCAAUGGCCCAGGGCUUGGGACGAUCCAUUGUGCCACGCCCCUCGGACGGAAUGGAUGCCGAUGACUCGCAAUCGACGAGUGGGAAUAAUGACGAGACGGUGCCCAGAUUUAAGAAACCAAUCCGUCUUGUCCUUGUCGACUCAUCGAAACUGGGAAAUGGUCGCUCUCGCGCCUCGGCUCUACGAAGACGACGCCAAAGCGCACCAGUCUCUACUGAACAAAAGUUUGCGGCUACCGCCACUAAUACACCCACCAAAACCCGCCGCCGAAAACGCUCGUUGGGUGAUAUCUCAAUCGACAUGAAAGACGUCGUUCUCGAUGAUGAUGUUGAUGAUAAUGAUUAUGAUGACGCUGCCGCCGCCGAACCAACCCCGCAACGCAAGAAACGGCGCUCUACUGCUCUUUUGGGUGGUAGUAACGCAGAGGAAAAUUCGCCUGCGCGGCACACGCCCAAACCGUAUGGAAGGGGGUCAUCGUUGAUGACACCCGGACCCAGGCCGAGAGGUACACCAAGGGGUCGUCGCGGUGGAGGAACCCGCGGAGCUCAUUCAGCGAGAGCAGCGUCAAAGUCCAAUGCCUUUACGUCUAUUAAUAAUAAUAACAACCACUCGCCGACGACUGCGCCUGCUGGACGUGGCGGCCGUCGUCGUACGCUGGGGGCGACUCCUAAAUAA